UAUUUAUUUAGAAAGUAUUUGUUAAUUUUUUAAAUAUACAUUAAACAUGUCUAAUAAAGUAAAAUUGGUACUUAUUGAUCUGAGUGGUACUUUACAUGUUGAAAAUACUGCUAUUCCAGGUGCUGUUGAAGCUAUAAAAAGACUCAGAAAUUCACAUGUAACUUUAAAAUUUGUUACAAACACAUCUAAAGAGUCAAAACAUGUACUUCACAAUCGAUUAAUAAAACUUGGCUUUGAUAUAAAAAUGGAUGAAAUAUUCAGCUCACUGGUUGCUGCAAAACAUAUAAUCAGACAUUACAAAAUAAAUCCAUUAUUGAUAAUUGAUAAUGCUGCAUUGGAAGAGUUUGACAAUUUAGUUGAUUUCACCUCUCCAUUUAAUGCUGUUGUUAUUGGAUUAGCACCAGAUAAACUUAAUUACGAAAAUUUAAACAAUGCUUUUAGACUUUUGUUAAAUGGAGCUCGCUUGAUAGCAAUUCAUGAAGCCCGUUAUUAUAAAAGUGUAGAUGGAUUAAGUUUAGGUCCAGGUGCAUUUAUCAAAGGGUUAGAAUAUUCUGCUAACGUUAAAGCAGAAGUCAUUGGUAAACCAACAUCUGAAUUUUUUAAAGCAGCUCUUGAAGGUAUUUCUCCAGAAGAUGCAAUUAUGAUUGGAGAUGAUAUUAAUGAUGAUAUAGCAGGUGCACAAUUGAUUGGUAUAAAAGGAUUUUUAGUAGAAACUGGAAAGUAUUGUUUAGGAGACGAAAAUCUAAUCGAACCAUUUCCUACAAAAGUCUGCAAUUCUAUUACACAUGCUGUAGAUAUUAUUUUAAAAGAUUAUAUUUAGAUAUUAAAAAAUUCAGUGUGUGUAAUGUCGAUUGAUAAAAUAUCAUUGUAUAAUGUGAGUUAGGAAAAAGAGAAAUCCAAGCUUUAUUAUAUAUCAAGUACGAUUCUAUGACAAACAAAUAUUGAAAA